GAGACCCGGCCGGCGUGUGACGUAGACACCACCACGGCGGCGCUCCGUGCGUCGUCUCCAUGGCGGCGGCGGAUGCGGGGACUGACAGAUCUGACUGAGGCUGCUCCCGCGUCGCCUUGCUGUAAGCCCCGACCCCCGUGCGUCGGAGGUACAUUAGCGCGGGUGGUGUGGAAUCGGAGACUUCCACCUCGGUGUCCCUCCGCGGUCCUACUGCGCAAGUCUACCCCUCAAGCCCGGAGUGUCUCUACACACAGGAUGUACCGUAGGGAACAGCCUGUCCCGCUCCGGUCCUGCCCAGCGGCCCUGUGCAACAAUCUCAGCGUGCUGCCGUUGCCAGCCCCGGGGCUGACCCAGUUUGCAUUGGUCCAUGGGCCCAGCGUCCAGCUCCUCAGUGCAACCCCCGAUGGCCUUCCUGUGUCCCAGCGCCAGCUGCAAGCUAAAGAGGGGACUGGGCUGAGCUAUCCUCUCAUCACCCAGGCCUACUGGUGUGUGCUGCCUUUCCGGGUGUUACUAGUGUUGACUUCACAGAGGGGCAUACAGAUAUAUGAGUCAGAUGGAUCUGUCAUGGUCUACUGGCAUGCCCUGGACUCUGGUCAUGCCCCACCAGUGGAUGACCCUCCUAUCUCAGCACAGUCCCUGUUUGCCCGAGGAAUUGCUGCCAGUGGACACUACAUCUGUGUGGGGACGUGCUCUGGCCGGGUCCUGGUGUUUGAUGUCCCAGCCAAAGGACCCAACAUUGUGCUGAGUGAGGAAUUGGAUGAGCACCAGGUGCCAGUGACGGACAUUGCAGCUGAGCCUGCUCAGGGCCAGGACUGUGUAGCUGAUGUGGUGACAGCUGAUGACUCGGGCCUUCUGUGUGUCUGGAAGUCAGGGCCAGAAUUUAAGCUGCUGACCCGAAUCUCAGGCUUUGAGACUCCCUGCCCCUCAAUCCAGUUGUGGCAAGGCACUAUAGCUGCUGGUUAUGGGGACGGGCAGAUCCGCAUCUUCGAAGCCAGCUCAGGGGCCCUGCAUGUCCAGAUCAAUGCUCAUGGCCGUGCUAUCUGCGCCCUUGACUUGGCACCUGAGGCGGGCAAGCUGCUCUCUGGGGCUGAAGACUCCUUUGUGCAUAUCUGGAAGCUAAGCAGAAAUCCAGACAGUGGCUGCAUUGAGGUGGAACACUGCUAUGGAGAAUGUGUGACCGACACACAGGUGUACGGAGCCCGAUUCUGUGACCCCCAGGGCUCUUCCUUUGCUGUGAUUGGCUAUGACCUGGCAGAGAUCCUGAGAUACAGCUGUGUGUGAGGAAAGGGGGCAUCUGAGAGAGGAGGAGGAGGCAGCGCUGCCCAACAUCAGCUGGGAGGUGGGAAGAGGGAGCCAACCUCCUUGUGUUGGCAGCCUUCCCCUCCCAUUUGACAUUUGUGAACCAGUAACUCCCACUGUUGUAUAUAAAGAUGUGAUG